AGCUGCAGCACAAACCACAUGCAGCUCAUCAGGGCAUCACCUCAGCACUGCUGUCACCAUGGUAACCAUGUCAGUCCUGUUCCUCCUGCUCUCAGCUUUUACUCCUCCAGUCCAGAGUCAACUCACUUCACUCCAUAUCAUUCCGGGUGACAUGAAUCAGACUGAGGCUCAGAAAGCUUGCAGAGAAAAUUACACCGACCUCGUCACUGUGUACUCUGAUGAAGACAACACUAAACUGGCUGAACUGGUGAUAAAGGCUGGUAACGUUUCUGGCUGGAUCGGACUCUAUCGCAGUAAUUUUAGUGAGAAAUGGUCUAAUGGUGAUCCUGUAACAUACAGAAAUAUGACAGGGAAUUGUGGGACAUCGAGCUACUGUGCUACUAUGAAAGCUGAUGGUUCAUGGGAAAGUCUUCAGUGCACAGAGACUAAACAUUUCAUGUGCUAUGAACAAGAUGCUUCCUCACAGACUCGUAAUUAUCAUCUAAUCCUUGAGAAUAAGACCUGGUAUGAAGCUCAGCGUUACUGUAGACAGAGAUACACUGACCUGGUCAGCAUCAGAGAUCAGCAGCACAAUGAAGAGGUGAGGAUUAAAGGGUUAAACAGCAGCACACCCUUCUGGAUCGGCCUGCUGUGUGAUGACUGGCAGUGGAGUGAUGGAGGAAUCUCUGCCUAUAGAAACUGGGAUAGCAAUCCACCUCAACCACAAGAUAACAACUGUGCAGCAGUGAGAGGAGAGAGAUGGUACUCAGUCCCGUGCAGAAAUCAUCAAUCUGCUUUGUGCUACUACAAUUACAUCCAUGUGAGUGAAGAGGCUCUGAGCUGGGAGAAAGCGCUGGAUUACUGUGAUAAAGGGAACAGAACUGGAUUGUUGCAGAUUGAGUCUGAACAUGACCAGACUGAUGUGGAGAAUGAGCUCAGAAGGAGGCGUGUCUCUGAGCCUGUGUGGGUGGGGCUUAGACAGAGCCAGCUCUUCGGGUUCUGGAUUUGGCCUGAUGGGAAAGCUGUGUUUCCGUACUCCAACUGGGAUGAAGGGAAACAGCCUGAGCAUCAACUCUCUCAGCACUGCGGUGCCGUCGUUCCACAGAGCUACAGAUGGAAAGACAUGAACUGUGAGGCUCAGUACAAAGCUCUGUGUCACAUCAGAUGUACUCCAUGAACCACUAUACAUUCAUUUUAUAUAUUUAUCA